CAACAUUGUCACACUUGCGAGCUUAAAGGUUUUUACGGGUUUGUUGGAAAGAAAAGCUACUUUAAUAUGGAGGUUGACCCAGGAGGGUUCAAAGAGGAAGCAGUACCACUUAUAAUGGAGAAGGAGCUGAGCUUCGGCAAAUCACGUUCAAACACUGAAAACAUGGGCCCAUUGACGCAGAUGUCAUCGGAGCAGAAAACCAACGAGAAACUGAGGAUGAUUAUAGGCGACCAGGCGAGGCAAAUCCGAGAACUCAUGCAGGCAAUCAAGGACCAUACAGCUAAAAUUGACAGCCUGACCGCCCAGGCAAUCGCCGUAGACGCCCAGGGCAUGGAACAGAUAACCCAAGGGAUUGGGCAAGCUACGUCUUCAAUGGCCAUGAUACCCAUGUCACUCAUAGGAUCUGCGAUGGGAGCCAUGAAAGCUAUAGGGGAUGUAGCUGUUGGAAUUGCUGGACAGGCUGCCAGCAUGUUUGGAUCAGCCGUCAAUCCAGGCGGAAUGUCUAAUAGCGAAGUUGAAGAAGUGGAAGCCACCAAGUAAAACCACAAAACGACUCUUACCUGAUGUUUCAACAAAUGUAUUCUAUAGUAAUAAAUUCGAAAACUACUUUUCUGUUUGGCAAAAUACAUAUAACCGAAAACUGGAAAGUAUUGCACAUUUUUUGCCACACAUCCUCUAGCAUACAAAAUAUUACGUAUGUACGAGUAUAGCC